AUGAAACCGUCACCAACAGGUGUUCAGCAGGUAUUAGAACAAGAACAUCAUGAGCUGGAGAUUGACGGAGUUCGCACUCUACUGGAAGUACAUCCACAUGAGCUGUCUGGAGGGUUCUCACCCAUAGACACGGCAUCUCACCAGGAAUCCUCUUAUCAAGUCAAGGUGCAUGAUUCAGAAGAUGACUCUUCAGAUUCAGAAUGUGAAGAUGACGAGCCAGUUGUUGAGGUGACUGACUUCAAGCCAUCGACGUCAGAUGAGAUGCUCAGGCUCUAUUUUGAGACCCCUCGUAAAUCUGGAGGAGGUGACCUAAAAACAUUUGAAUAUAACCCGAAGACAGAAGCAAUCAUAUUGACGUUUGAGAAUCCAUCAGUUGCGCACUCAGUUGUCGCCAGAUCCCAUAGGGUUGAUGGUGCAUCUCUGUCAGUGCGACAGAUCGUGAGGAAGAAACCUCGCCCUCGCCCAGUCAAGAAGCGAUGUCUGUUUCUCAGCGGAAUUCCUGAUGGGUGCGAUUCAGAGCUUGUGACAAUGUUUUUUGAGAAUCGGUCUGGUACGGAUGAGUUCAAGAUACAAUAUGGUGAGAUGCCUGGAACAGCAAUCUGCACAUUUGCAGAGGAUAUCCCAGACAUGGAAGGAGUCAUCAAAAGCAUUUGUACAAAGACGUUGAAAGGAUCCUUUGUGACAGCAGAGAAGGUGCACGAGUCGGACUCUAUCCUAGUGCAAGGGGUGUCACCAAAAACAUCUUUGGAGAUGAUUGAGUUGUAUUUUGACAACAAAAAGAAAAGUGGCGGCACCGGUGUCAGAGAGGUACAGCAGGGACCAACGGACUCUCAGGCUAUUGUCUACUUUGAAGACUGGAAAGUUGUUGAUGAUGUUAUCGCGAAAAGGGGACCCCACAAAGUUGGGAAUGUUGAAAUAUUCGUUGAAGAGUACCAUGAAUGUCUGGGAAGACUGAGUACAUUAGAUGUCCCAACUCCUCAUGUCCCUAAGCCAGUCACUGUACAAGUCCAGGAACCCAUCAUGGAGUUCAUCUUCGGGAAGGGCCAACACACAAAGAAGACUUUGACUCAGAAGCUUAGGGAUGCAAAGGCCAUUCUGAAAUGGCCAGAUGGUGAUGAUAAGACAACAGCUAGGCUGGAACCUCUACUGGAAGAUGGACAGCGACAAUCAUCUUGGCUCAAAUGGUCUGAAACUGCUACCCAAGUUCUGACUGACUCCCUGAACAGGUGUAAGUCAUCCAGAAUUGCAGUCCCAUCGUCAUUUUGGAAAGACACAGUUGAUAAAAUAAAUCAGCUUGGCACCAAGAGCCUUUUCAUUCAGCUGGAUGCUUACACUCAUCAAGUCAGUCUGGUCGGGGAGCAGCAGGACGUUGACGAAGGAUAUACUGAUAUUGAUAGAAUCAUUAAGGAGUUCAGAACAAAGGCCGAGUACGAAGCACAGCAAACAAAUGUAGACAUAACCUUGACAGAAGAGAAGUCCCAGCAUUUUAUUAUAUGUGGCAUCCAGGAUAAAAUUGAAAAGGACUUUCCGAACCUGAAGAUCGUGGUCAUCUCCUUACAAGAUAAAAUCAGACUCGUAUUAGAAGGAUCACGUAAGAUCGUCCAGGAAGCAGAGCUGUCGAUGCGGAGGCAAAUGGACAGUCUAGAGAAAGUAGAAAUCAAAAUGGGACGUAACAAAGUCAAGUUCGUUCAGAAUCAUAUCGACAAAAUCCAGGAGAUAUUGCGUUCACAGGGCAUUCGAGCAGCAUGUAAUGGAUCCGAUGAUGGCAAGAUUAUCAUAUUAGGUGCCACUAAGAAGGAUACGGUCCAAGCUAAAGCGUACAUCAAUCAAGAAAUAGAAGAGGAUGUCAUUCCAAUCAAGGAUCAGACUGUGCUUUCUGUUAUAAAGAGCCAAGCAGGGAGUGAUCUGCUUGAUGAAACAAGCAAGCAGAAGUCUACUGUGGUAAACAUCAAUACAACAGAAGAUGUGGUACAGCUGGCUGGAUUCAGGACUAGCUUGGAAGAGGUGAAACAGAGCAUACUUGAAUUCCUAACAGCUAACGUCAUCAACAAAGAAUUCAUUAACAUGAAUAAGAGCAAAAUGGAUGUCCUUCUGAAGCGUCAUGGUAAGUCAUUGGACAGCCUGGCAGAGCAACACAAGCACAACCACAUGAAGAUCGCUCCAGAAUCCGGCAGUAGAACGGGCGUUUUCAUUCAAGGUAACGAAGAAGGAUUGAUGAUAGCUCGUCGGUUCGUUAAUUCAUUGGCGGAAGGAAUCGAAGACGCAAGUUUUCCAAGCAACAGUGAAUCAGAUGAACAAGAGCUACUUCGGCAAGAUGUUGAAAUGAAGGAGAUGGCUAAAGACCAACGGGAAGAAGGGGAUGACGAGGAUCGAUUUGUUGAGGUUACCGGUUUCAACCGAUCGUCAGAGAAGGUGCUCAAGAUGCAUUUCGAGAAUCCCAUAAGAUCUGGAGGAGGUGACAUCAAGGCAUGGGAGCAUGACAAAAAGACUGGGGCCAUCAGAAUGACAUUUGAGAAUACAUCAAUUGCUUCCAAAGUGAUUGCAAGACAGCAUAAGGUUGGAGGUGAUAAUCUGAUGGUGCGACUGAUUGUAAAGAAGAAACCUCAUCCUCGUCCAGUCAAGAAGCGAUGUCUGUUUCUGAGCGGAAUUCCUGAUUGGUGUAAUCCAGAGCUUGUGACAAUGUUCGUUGAGAAUCGGUCUGGUACGGAUGAGUUCAAGAUACAAUAUGGUGAGAUGCCCGGAACAGCACUUUGCACAUUCACAGAAGACAUCCAAGACUUUGAAAAAGUAAUCAAAAGAAUUUCUUCAAAACUGUUGAGUGGAGCCUAUUUGACAGCAGAGAAGAUGAAGGAGUCAGAUUGUAUUCUCGUGGAAGGGGUAUCACCGAAAGCAUCUUUGGAGAUGAUUGAGUUGUAUUUUGACAACAAAAGGAAAAGUGGUGGCACCGGUGUCAGAGACGUACAGCAGGGACCAACGGACACUCAGGCAAUUGUUUACUAUGAAGACUGGAAAGUGGUUGGUGACGUUCUGUCGAAAGGGGGUCCCUACAAGGUUGGCGGCACUGAGCUAUUUGUUGAAGAGUACCAUGAAUGUCUGGGAAGGCUGAGUCCAUUAGAUGUCCCUUAUACUCCUUAUGUCCCUAAACCAGUCACUGUACAAGUCCAAGAACCCAUCAUGGAGUUCAUCUUCGGGAAGGGCCAACACACAAAGAAAACAUUGAUUCAGAAGCUGAGGGAUGCAAAGGCCAUUCUGAAAUGGCCAGAUGGUGAUGAUAAGACAACAGCUAGGCUGGAACCUCUACUGGAAGAUGGACAGCGACAACCAUCCUGGCUCAAAUGGUCUGAAACUGCUACCCAAGUUCUGACUGAAUUCCUGAACAGGUGUAAGUCAUCCAGAAUUGUAGUCCCACCGCCAUUUUGGAAAGACGUCAUUGAUAAAAUAAAUCAGCUGAACACCCAGAGCUUUUCCAUUCAGCUGAUUGCUAGCAAUCAUUCACUCACUCUGGUUGGGGAGCAGCAAUUUGUUGACAAAGGAUGUACUGAUAUCAAUAGAAUCAUUAAGGAGUUGAAAGCAAAGGCUGAGUAUGAAGCUGAGGAAACAAAAGAAGACAUCCUCUUGACAGAAGAGAAGUCCCAGCCUUUUAUCAUAUUUGGCAUCAAGAAUGUCAUUGAAAAUGACUUUCCAAACCUGAAGAUCACUGUCAUGUCUUUGCAAGAUAAAAUCAAACUCACUUUUGAAGGAUCACGUAAGAUCGUCUGGGAUGCAGAGCUGUCGAUGCGCAGGAAAAUGGACAAUUUGGAGAAAGUAGAACUCAAAACAGGAUGUAACAAGGUAAAGUUCGUUCGGAAUGUUAUCGACAAAAUCCAUGAGAUCCUAUGGUCGCAGGGCAUUCGAGCAGCAUGCAAGGGUUCCGAUGAUGGCAAGAUCAUCAUAUCUGGUGCCACUAAGAAAGACACAACCGAGGCUAAAGCAUACUUCAGUAGGGAAAUAGAAGAGGAUGUCAUUCCUAUCAGAGGCCAAGCUGCAAUGGAUGUUCUCCAGAACCAAACCGGCCGGAGACUCCUUGAUGCGAUCAACAAGCAGAAAUUUGUUAUGGCAGCCAUCAGCAACAAAGGAGGAAACAUUGUUGAACUUGCAGGUUUCAAGACUAACUUGGGCGAGACAAAGCAUAAAAUCAUAGAUUUCUUGAAAGACAAUGUCAUCCUAAAGAAAAUCGUUCCAGCAAACAAGAACAAAAUAUGUCUCAUCGACAAAUUCCAUGGCGCAGAUUUGGUAAACGUAGCAAUGCAGAAUGCCAAACACCAUGUGAAAAUCCAGCCACAGAAGAGUGGCCGCCACAAGGGAUUUGUGAUUCAAGGAAAUGAAGAGGGUUUGGAAGCUGCAAGGCAGGUCAUUGUUUCCCUGAUAGAUAGAAUCAAGGAGCAGCCUUAUCCGGUCUCAAGGACUGGAAUGGCCCAACUCUUCCAAGAAAGCAAAGGGAAGAAGUUUUUGGAAUCGCUUGAGGAUGAAUGCCAGUGUGUUAUCCGAGAGAAUGUGCAGGAAGACAGCGAUGAUGAAGCUGAAGUUGGAGGAGGUGCAGCAGUGAGACCAAUGGUAUCCACGAGGGUACUCUGCCGAAUUGCUCUACCAAAUGGCUUCACUUUGAAAGUAUGCAGAGGUGACCUGACAAGGCAACAAGUAGACUGCAUAGUGAAUGCUACAAACACAGAACUGAAACAUGUUGGAGGACUAGCAGCUGCUGUUGUCGAAGCAGGUGGGAGAGUCAUUCAGACUGAGUGUGAGCAAAUAUUGAGGUUCAAGCGUCGCCAAUUGUAUGUGGGUGAGCCUGUUCACACCACUAACGGAAAACUACCCUGCAAGAGAGUUUUUCAUGUUGCAGGACCUAAAUGGCCACAUCAUGGAGGAGCCACAUCUAUUCCAGAUGAUGAUAAGUCAAGCCUUGAAGAGCAUCUGCUGUAUGACGGCGUCAUUGCUUGCCUGAAACUGGCAAAUAAGCUGAAUAUGCAGUCCAUCGCCAUACCAGCCAUCAGCACUGGUGUUUAUGGCUUCCCAGUUGACCUUGCCGCAAAGCAGAUCCUUAACGCCGUGGCUGAGUUCUGUCAGAACAUGCCCAUCCCCACCCUGACGGAGAUUCAUUUCACCAACAAUGACCAGCCAACUUGUGAUGUAUUCAAAAGGGCUGUGAUGGAUCGAUUCAGCCAAUUUCAGGAGGACGAAGAUGGCACCGACAUUGGCAGAGCUCCCACUGACCGCCAAGCUUACUCACCCAUACAACGUGAUGACACAGGAAUGCUACAGACAAAGAUAGGUUCUGUUUGUCUUCAAGUUGGACGGGGAGACCUUGUGAAAGAAGCAACUGAUGUCAUUGUCAACAGUGUUGGGCUAAGAUUGGCUUUGCAAGGUCCAGUUUCUAAGGCUAUCCUGACCAAUGGUGGAAAGAGUAUCGCGAAAGAGUGUGAUACGCUUCGCAAAAAAGACCCGAAGAAACUAAUCUAUUGGACUGGUGGUGGGUCACUUCAGUGCAGCUUUAUUUGCCAUGUUGUUACUCCUCGAACUCCGGAAGACAUUAAAACUAUAGUGUUCAAGACCCUGCAGCAGGCAGAGGAUAAGAAAGUGAAGUCAGUUUCAUUCCCAGCACUGGGCACAGGCCAAGCUGGUCAGUCAGUGGCAGACUGUGCCAGUACCAUGUUGACAGCUGUUGGUGAAUUUGCAGUCCGUAAGAAGCCUCAAUAUCUCCGUCUCAUCCGUCUAGUCAUAUUCCAGCGAGACAUGGUUUCUGGAUUUCAAGAUGCUCUGAAGAGCGGCGUUGGCACUUCGUACAGAGAGCAAAAAGUCUUGCUGUCUAAAGGCUUGGGGUUGAUGAAAUCUGCCUGGUCUGUUGUGUCUGGUGGUGCUGCCCCUAAUGAUGCUUCAACAGAUGAUGAAAGUCUUGAAGAAACCAUCAUUCUCAAUAUCUACGCCAUGGACAUGUCUUCUGUCAAGAGAGCAUCUGGCAAGAUUGAUCAGUUUCAAGAUGAGGAAUAUACGUCUGAGUAUCUAUCUGAUGAACAUGGAAUGAUAGACAAAAUGACCGAUGAACAUCGGGCUGAACUCCGCGCCAUUGGGAAGAAGUAUAAUGUGACAAUAAACUGCCACAAUAAGGGACAUGCCAAGUUUGUGAAGGUUGAGGGUUGUAACAUCAAAGUCAAAGAUGCCUGCAUUAAAAUCCAAGAACUCUUCACAAGAAUGCAAAUAGAGGAACUUAAGAUGCAACGAAGUGUGCAUCUUUUCAAGGAAGUGCAAUGGAAGUACGGCACGCCACGUGGACUGGAAGCAUAUGAUCCUGAGGUGAAUGUUAUCAUAGAGGAUGCCUACAACAAGAAGCGCCCCUCAGUUAGUCUGAAUCUUGAAGAUGGACAAGUGACAAUCAACUUCCAAACCAUGCAGGAGACUUCAUUGGCUGGAAAUAUGUAUGUCCACCGUGUUGACCUAAAGAAAGCUGCUUCAUUUGAAUUGCCACCCAACUGGAUUCCUAUGGAUAAGAAAGAGCACUUCAAAAUGGCACAAUUGACUGCAGGCUCGGCUGAUUACAUUGAAGUGGAGACACAAUUACAAAAAAGUAUGGGAGGCCAUCAAAUUCAAGAGAUACACAGAAUUCAGAACAGAGACUUGUUGGUGCAGUACCAAUCACGUAAGGAAGCGAUGGAGGCUCGUCUUGGUCGUACUAACAUUGAAGAGACAUUGUUCCAUGGUACCGAUGAGCAAACGUGUGAUAAGAUCAACAAGUUUGGUUUCAAUCGCAGCUUCUGUGGAAAGAAUGCAACUGCCUACGGAAAUGGAACCUACUUUGCGGUGAAUGCUAACUACUCAGCACGACCGCAAUACGCAAAGCCUAAUGCAAACGGUGUACAGCACAUGUACCUGACAAAGGUUCUGGUCGGUGAUUACAUCAGAGGCAAUCACGGAAUGAUAACUCCUCCCAACAAACCAAGUCAUCCCGACCAGCAGUACGACUGCGCGGUGGACAAUGUAAACCAGCCAGGCAUCUAUGUUAUCUUUCAUGAUGCACAAGCCUACCCAGAAUACCUCAUCAAAUUCCAGUAAGCAAGUCAAACACUUCAGAUGGUAGUUGUAUUUGUUCUGCAACUAAUACGAUUGAACGAUUUGCA